AUGAGAUGUGGAAGUGGUAGCACGAUCAAGUCUAAAGAGGAAUGUGAAUACCUUAUUAGCAUUGCUGAGCCGCACAUGGAAAAGUCAACUGUCGUUGAUAGCGACACUGGAAAGAGUAAAGAUAGCAGAGUACGUACUAGUUCUGGAACAUUUCUUGCAAGAGGGCGUGACAAGAUUGUUCAGAGAAUAGAGAAACGAAUUGCAGAUUUCACCUUCAUUCCUGUGGAACAUGGUGAAGGCCUUCAAGUUCUUCAUUAUGAAGUUGGCCAAAAAUAUGAGCCUCAUUACGACUACUUUCAGGAUGAGUUCAAUACUCAAAAUGGUGGUCAACGCAUUGCAACUGUUCUUAUGUAUCUGUCAGAUGUUGAAGAAGGCGGUGAGACGGUAUUUCCAGCAGCAAAAGGAAAUUUUAGUUCUCUGCCAUGGUGGGAUGAGCUAUCUGAAUGUGGAAAAGGGGGACUUUCGGUCAAACCAAAAAUGGGCGAUGCAUUACUUUUCUGGAGCAUGAAGCCUGAUGCAACUUUGGAUCCAUCAAGUUUACAUGGUGGUUGUCCUGUUAUAAAAGGGAACAAAUGGUCAUCUACGAAAUGGAUGCGUGUCCACGAGUACAAGGUGUAA